CUUUCUAUACAAGGAAGUAAAUCAUAAUUUGAUAAUUUGUUAAAUCUUCAUCUUGUAAACAUGUUCUCCAUAUAUUAAAAAAACUUGUAUGACUUAAUGGUUUAAAAAAAGGAAUCGCCGUACAAAUUGAUACAUUUAUAGAUUUUACUAGGACCCCAUAAACGGAUUAAAAAGAAAAGCAAAUAAGACAUGGCAGCCCCAGUCCCACGUGUAGUACCUCCCAUGGCUGGUUCGAUUGUUACCGCAGCAAUAGACUUUGGAACAGCAUGUUCUGGAUAUGCCUUUGCAUUCAGGCACCAACCUUUAAAGAUAUUCACAAAUGCAUGGUACGCUGAUGGUAUGAUGUUAUCUACGGGUAAAGCACCCACAACAGUUCUUCUGGAUCCGGAUGGUAAUUUCAAAGCGUUCGGUUUUGAGGCUGAAGAAAUGUACAGUAACUUAGUUGACGAGGAUAACAGUAAUGGAUGGUACUAUUUUCAGAACUUCAAGAUGGAGUUAUACAAACAAGCGGUAUGCAUGUUUAUGUUUUAUCAUGACUAAAAGCGUUAGUCACAUUA